UUUUGGUACCCAGCCGGAAGGAAGGAAGGAAGGAAGGAAGGAAGGAAAGAAGGAAGGCAAGCGGUUUCGACCCUGCAUCCCUCUCCAUCGCCGGCCACCUAGGCUGGCAAGAGGCAAACAAAAAAAGAAGCGAGUUGGAGAGAGAGAAGCCUGGACUGGGCUCCAAGCAUGACUCCAAACCGUGGCUGCUGGUUAGAGUCUAUCAUAUUAAGGAUGGCGAUGGAGGAGGAUCUGACUCAGCUGGAAGGCGCAGAAUAGACCCGGGGGUGCCCAAUGCUAAGCAUCCUCUUAACCUCCUUGCCUUUCCUCCCUGGAAUUUUUUGUUUGGGUUUUCUUCUACUGACUCCAAAGCUUAGCUCUGCCCUCCUUUUGCACCAAUAACCCCUUUGGAAGAGGCACAAAAAGGCAUUCGGUUGGUGCUUGGCGUGGGAUGCCAACCGUGGGCGUCGGCCGAGGCGCCUCCCUUCGCCAAGCAACGAGGAGGAGGAGGAGGAAGGAGGAGGAAGAGGAGGAGGAGGAGGAGGAAGAAGGGGAGGAGAGAAACCGCCGGCCUCGAAGGCUGGGAAAGCCGGGUUUGUGCUCCUGAGCCGGCAAGAACCGGAACGUGGGCGCCGCCUCUCCGAAAAGCCUCUCCGAAAAGCCUCUCCAAAAAGCUCCGUCCUUUUGCAUCCUUUGCCAUCUCUCCAUCCUUUUGCCAAGGACAAUUUAUAGGCUGGGGGGGGGGGGGCACAAAAGGAGACAGACCCCCCUUCUCUUUGUGUGUGCUUUUAACCCUUUCUGGUCUCCAAGGAAGAGAAAGCAGAGAGAGAACCGUGCGCCCUUGGUGAUUUUACGCGACUCUGUUUUGCGCCUCGCCUUCUCCUCUCCUUUUCCUCCCCCAGUUUGACACCCUCCGCUUCGGAUUAUCGGGAAUACCAGUUGCCAUUAGAACCUCCCAUGCUUUGGCUUUAAAAAAAACAAAACCGCUUUUGGUAUUGUCCUAACCGUUUUUGCCGGCUUUCCACGCCCUGAAGAGAAAGCAGAGACAGAGAGAGAAUCGUGCGCCCUUGGUGAUUUUACGCGACUCGUUUUUACGCGACUCUGUUUUGCGCCUCGCCUUUUUUCCUCCAUGCGCCUUUUUGUUUGCUGAUUGCCAAGCUUUUCCUCGGAUCCUCUGAAAGGUUUCCCUUCCCAUAUUUGCACCCUUGCAUGCCCCUCUUUGUCGAGGCUUUCCCCCAAAUCCUUCUUUUCCCUUGGCACGGAUUGGCAUUGCCGGAGCCUCAAAGACAACUCAUUAUUUCCAUCUUCUGAUUUUUAUUUCACCUCCUUUUUUUGGAGAGAUAAAAGAGGACUUCUUUGGGCACACUUCGCUUGGCAAACCUGGCGCCUCCUGAACCGGACCCUCGCCCUUUUCCCGCCCUAUGGUAGCCUCGGCAAGGGCUCGGACGUGGCAAAAGCAUGGGCGGCAGGGCUGUAGUAAGAGGAAGGCUAAGGAGAGGAAAGGAGAGAAACUGAACGCCUCCGAUGGGUGCCAGGAGCUGUGGAAUAAGGGCCUCCUUCUGACGGCGCCAUGGAGCGACUGCUGCUGCUGUGCCUCUUGGUGCUCCUGGGCAGCUUGCUGGGCCGACCCCAGGUGUGCCCCAAGCGCUGCAUGUGCCAGAACCUCUCUCCCUCGCUGGCCAUCCUUUGCACCAAGACGGGCCUCCUCUUCGUGCCCACCGUCAUCGACCGGCGCACGGUGGAGUUGCGCCUGACGGACAACUUCAUCACCGUCAUCCGCCGCAAGGACUUCUCCAACAUGACCAGCUUGGUCCACCUCACUCUGUCCCGCAACACCAUCAGCCAGAUCCUGCCCUACGCCUUUGCCGACCUGCGGGGCUUGCGGGCCCUCCACCUGGACAACAACCGCCUCCUCCUGAUCGGGCCCGACCAGCUCAAAGGCUUGCCCAACCUGCGCCACCUCAUCCUCAGCAACAACCAGCUGCAGGACAUCUCCCCCGGAGCCUUCGACGACUUUGCGGCCACCUUGGAGGAUCUGGACCUUUCGUACAACAACCUGGUGCAGGUGCCUUGGGACACCAUCCGCCGCCUCAACAAUGUCAACUCACUCAACCUCGACCACAACUUGAUCGAUUAUGUCCCCGAAGGGGUCUUCACCAACCUCCUCAAGCUAGCCCGCUUGGACAUGACUUCCAACAAGCUCAAGAAGAUCCCGCCGGAUCCGCUCUUCCUCCGGAUCCCCGUGUACGCCAAGUCGAAAGGUUCCCCGCUCUCCUCCUUGGUGCUCAGUUUCGGGGGGAACCCGUUGCACUGCAAUUGCGAGUUGUUGUGGCUGCGGAGGCUCACCCGAGAAGACGACUUGGAGACUUGUGCUUCUCCACCGGACCUUCUCGGGAAAUACUUCUGGACCAUCCCAGAGGAGGAGUUCAUCUGCGAGACUCCCUUCAUCACUCGUCACACGGGGCCUUUGGUGGUGACGGAAGGGGAGGGGGCCGUCCUCCGUUGCCGUGGGGUGGGCGACCCAGAGCCUUCCAUCCAUUGGGUCUCCAGGGAGGGCAAGGUCAUCGCCAACACCUCCCGGACCAUCUCCUAUGACAACGGCACACUGGAGAUUCUCAUUGCCACCGUCCAGGACAAUGGGAACUUCACCUGUAUCGCUUCCAACGCCGCCGGAGAAGCCACCACCACCGUUGAGUUGGUGGUCAACCCGUUGCCUCAACUCUCCAACGGCACAGGGUCCAAGCUGCCCGAGGCCGCGGGGCCGUCCGACAUCCUCACCUCGGCCAAAGCCGCCCUCCCCAUCGGUGCCAAUGAAACGGGGACCUCUCCGGACAAAGGCGUGGUGGCUUCCGAAGUCACCUCUUCCUCGGUUCUCAUCCGGUGGUAUCCUCCGUGGCACGUCCCCGGCAUCCGGAUGUACCAGAUCCAAUACAACAGUUCCUCCGAUGACAUCUUAGUCUAUAGAAUGAUCCCUCCGAGCAGCAAAGCCUUCUUGCUGAAGGACCUGGCUUCCGGACGGGACUACAACUUGUGCGUCUUGUCCGUCUACGACGACGGUGUCACGGCCUUGACGGCCACCCGGAGCCUUGGCUGCGCCCAGUUCAGCACCCCACAGGACGGCUUGCAGUGCCACUCGCUCCAGACCCAGUUCCUGGGCGGCACCAUGAUCAUCAUCAUCGGGGGCAUCAUCGUAGCCUCCGUCCUGGUCUUCAUCAUCAUCCUCAUGAUCCGCUACAAGGUCUACAGCGGCCAGGACGAGCACAAGAAAGCCAAGGUCAGCAAUGUCUACUCGCAGACCAACGGCAACCAACCACCCUCCUCGGCCUCUGCCGUGCCCUGCUCGGUUUCCAAGCCCGAAGGCUGGACUGGGGAUGGGGCUGCGGCCGUGAGGAUCCGCAGGGACUGCAGUGUGGUGGCCCUCAGCAGCAAGGACUGCGAGAAGGGGCCCUGGGCCCCGGGACCAGAGGUGGGGCCCGAAGAGGCUCCCUCUCCCCGAAGGAGGAGGAGGUGGUCACGGACUAAUGUCGACCUCCAUAGCAGUUGCCCUGGCUCCGGCCCCGAGACCUCCAGAGCGGAAGAGCAAGAUCCUCCUCCGAUGCCCCCUGCUGGCGAGAGGAAGAACGGCAGCGAAUGGACCGACGUCAAGAUCUGAGCUCCCUUGAGGGGCCCACCAUGGGACCCCGGCAUGGCACGAAGGGAAUCCUGAGAUUGGUGUGGCUGCAAACAUCCCCUCCUGCACCUCCUUCUGGUUUCCUGGCCGGGCACUUCAAUGAGUCGAAAGCGGGACCCCCAAACAUGCCGAUCUGUGUUGGAUUGGGUCACCUUGCCAGGGCUGAGGCAGGGUUGCCAGGAGGGGACAAAGCAGGACGAUGGAAGGUCAAAUCUCCAGGCUCCACACCUUUCCUCGGCUCUUCUUCUGCCAUGGUGCUGCCCAUCGCCAGCGAAUCCUCGCUCAGGACUCUUGUGCAAAAGGGGGUCGGGGUCUCCAUGCCGGAUUUUGGGGGGGGGGGGGGGUCCGUCCAACUCGCACGAUUCCCGCUGGCACCGUUUCUACUGGACUCACUUGCGGGCCUCUCUCUUUUUCUUUUCUACAAAACUCUUUCUGUUUUUCUAAACCAGGUCUGCAGUUUUUUCUAAUAAAGGGAGUUGGAAACAAA